AUGGCAAUUUGGGUAUUCGGGUACGGUUCUUUGAUCUCAAAAGCUGGGUUUAACUACGAUGAACGUCUCGUUGGUUUCAUCAAAGAUUACCGACGUGUCUUCUAUCAAGGUUCUACUGACCAUAGAGGAACCCCUGAAUUCCCUGGAAGAACAGUCACAUUGGAGCCUGCUGAAGGAGAAAUUUGUUGGGGAGCUGCUUAUAAGAUCUCAAAGAAAGAAGAUCAAGAAAUUGCGUUAACGUAUCUGGAAGUGAGGGAGAAGCAAUAUGACCGGAAGGAAUAUGUGGAUUUUUUCACUGAGCUUAAUGCGACAACGCCAGCCAUUUCUGGGGCAUUGGUAUAUAUAGCAUCCCCAAACAAGAACGUUAAUGUCAAUUAUUUAGGUCCUGCAUCUGUUGAAGAAAUUGCAAGGCAAAUAGUUCAAGCUGAAGGUCCUUCUGGACCUAAUAGAGAGUAUCUUUUCCUACUUGAAAAGGCUCUCCUUCAAAUAGGUUCCAAGGACAAGCAUGUUAUUGAUCUCGCAAAUGAAGUCAGGCGAAUUAUUUCAGAAGAACACUGA